AUGAAAUUGAAUAACGAGGUGAUAAGCCAGUUUAAGACGUGUUUAGCCAAGGGAACAAGACCCAAGUUGGUGGUGAAAGACGGGAACUUUACGAUUAAGAUUUCGGAUGAAUUGGCGUUUCCUUGUACCAAGAUACCGGACAGACCCACCCUAGACGUUUACAGUGGUAAUGACGAUAGGUACGUACUCGACGGACGUAUUGAUUCCAAGUUGACGGUGCUAACGGAUCCAAAGCAGAUCCGGGAUCAUUUGAAGACCAUGAGUCACCAUACAACCAAGAAGGAUGUUCCGAGUAUGGCGGCCAAGAAGAUUUCUUCAGAGGUUCCUCAUUUAAGCGCAUCGGCUCCGUCGUCCCCGUUGAACACGAAUCCGUAUGUGGUGGAUAUCAACGACUUCAAGACGGACAUUAUGCUUAAGUUUCUCUCUCUUCUAGCAUUAGGACCAACCACCAAGCAGGCAGUGGUGAAAAAGUUGAAAGUCUCGUCCCAGGAUCUAGAUCCGUUGUUCACAGCCCACGCGCAGAUAUAUAACCCCAACGACAGCUUUAUUAGUGAUGACAAUUUUCCUAACGAAGAUUUAGAGUCUGACGAAGCAGAUCACUAUAUUUUGAAGGAUAAGUCCUACAAGGAUUUGAAACCAUGGGCAUGGAACUGGUACUCAGAAAGAGAGAGGCAUAUGAUCAUAAAUAAUAUCCACAAUGCAUUGACCAGAUUAGGAUAUCUGGAAACCCAUCCGCUCAGAAAGAAAAUCUGUGACGAGCCAGUAGGCACAAACAAUGCCAAUCAGAAGAAAUCUACAUUAGGGGGUGGCAUAUUGAUUAGCAAGACCAAAAAAUCCCCUAUGAAGCGGUCACAAACAGAAUCACCGAGACCUCCUUCGGAAGCAUUUGUUGCUAAACCAGCAGAUAGGCCCAAGCAAAGCGGAUCACCUUUGAAGAUCACGCAGAAACGGAAGAUAGUUACCUCAGCAUCUAACUCGGACGAAGACAGGAGUUACAAGAAGAAGAAAUCUGACUCCGACUCGCAUACGUCGCCAUCGUCUUCGAUUAACGAUGACGACUCCCAAAUCUCCAUAAACGAUGCUAUUGACUCAAUGGGCAAAAAUCGAGCCUUCGCGGCUGAGACUGACGAAGAUCACACCAGCCACAAGCGCAAACGUUUCCAAUACUACAGCACAUUGGCAGAUAAAUUUAAAGAAAAGUACAAAGAGUACGAAACUCUUUACAACUCAUUGAAAUCCAACCCGAAGAAUUCUACCAACGAUAAAAAGCAAUUGGUCAGGUUGUUCGAGCUACACAACAAUCUAUCCGAAUGGAAGAGAAAGUUAUGGGAUUUCGAUAACGAAAAUAAACUGAAACUAAACAUUAUGAACUUAUCCAAGCAUAAAAAAAUUCCAUCAAAGAGUGCUAAUUCCACUCCCAUAAUUCCUCAAGUGGUUCCAUUGGCUUCUGAUUCCAUUAUUAAUAGAAGAAAUGGUACUAACCACUCAAGGAACAAUCCUAUUCCAAAAUUAACUCUUGAUUAUUAA